GCACACAGACAGGAAGAGACUGAGCAGAAGAACGGCUCUGUCAGGAGAACAAGACGCGAUGUGGUUGGAACAGUUGACUCUCGUGUUGCUUUCAGUCAGCCUGGUGAUUUCAGAUUCAAUUCCUGUGGUUCUGGAUGAGGAACCUCGAAUAGUUAAAGUCCCUCUCGGUUCCUCUGUGGCCUUCAAAUGCCGUCUGAAGACAAAGAGUUACAACAGACUUCGGGUGCUGUGGCGUUUUAGCUCUUCUCCAUGCAGCAACAAUGCAACAGUCCAGGCGUUUGCUAACGAUACAAUCUUUGAGAAGAAGAAGACCUUCAACGAUGUGCUGAACAGAACCCAGCCGGACUCCAGAGAUGAAGACCGUGAAGGGACUUGGCGCACAAUUAUUCCAGCUAAUCCAAUGGAGCAGCAAGGGGGAUGUUACUAUUGCGAAAUCAGAACAGAGAUUCCCGAAUUACACACUACUGAGAGCAGAGGAACAGAAGUUGUAAUUAUCACAGAGACCGGGAUUCCUGCAUGGAUGUGGAUCUGUUUGGGAGUUGCUUCUGUCCUCAUGGUAGUCCUGCUCCUCACAUGUGUCUCGCUCAGCAGACGGCGCUGCAGAAGAAGAGGUCAACGGAGAUAAGGACCUGAGAAAGUUAUGACAUAUUUACUGAAGCAAUGAGAAGAACCCGUCUACGCGAACACGCGUCCCGUCACCAGCAAGCAGCCGUCUCCUCGACCCGGCUCUGAUCAUCUGAAGGAACCUUCUUGCCCUCAGAACAUCCAGAAGCCGAGUCCAAGCAGGAAAUACAACGAAGGCAAGCGGAGAUACAAGUAAUGAGAAAGUCAUGGAUCAUCAAAUGUAGUCAAACCUGAACGUUGGGACCACAGGGAAAACUGGAGUCAAAGUCGAUGAUAAGCUGUGGGAGUUAAAGGCAUUGUGUAUCCUACUUCUAUUAUUAUCACUAGUAUUGUUAAUAUUAUUAUAUAUUUCCAUUAUAAUCAUUAUCAUGUUUUUCCUUAUUAGCAUUAUUAUAAGUUUUACAUUGUAGCCCGUGUGUUUUAGGUGUUUCCAUUCAUCUUAAAUGGUUAUGAAUGUAUUUCCUGUUAUCAACCACCAGGUGGCAGAGUGUCUUAGUGGUGAAUACAAAGUGUUUGUGAAUUAUUUGUAUAAUUUCUGAUAGAUUCAGAUUUUGUAAAGUAACAAAAAUGUAUUUUGG